GGAGCACUAAAAACACUGACUUGCCAUACUUUAUUGAACACUACGUAGCACAAUGCUAAAAUCGUCGACAAACAUGGAGUAAUACCAUGGUCACGACUGAUUUGGUCCAUCGAUGGUCCAUAUACACUGGGAGGCUCUAUGGGUACAUGUGGACCGUGGCUAGUCUAAGAUAGAACAAUCACAGCAGGUGGCUGCUGCCUCCAGCGCUGACCAGAAGCAUGGUGACAGGUACAGACCCUCAAGGUCUAGUUAUGGAUUUGGUUUGAAGGGCUUGCACUUGGGACUUUUGGUAUCAAAUGGAAAGGUGGCAAGGAAGGCCACUUGAGAUGUGGGAAUUUGGGUAUGGGAGGCAAUGAUUUUGGGUUUGGCAUAGGCCAGGACUUGACCGGUGGGAAUUUGGGCAAGGUGGGCAAUUUAUGCGAUAUAGGGUUAGGCAGAGGAGGUGACCUAGAGCUAGUCGAUGGUGGCGUUUCAUCCUUUGGUGGUGACAUGGCGGUUGGUGGUGGCAAUGUUGGGGGAUCUAAUGUAACUGGAGGUGUUUUUGGUGGAUUUGGCGGUGUUAACACAGAGAUGCUUGGAGGAACCAAUGAUAACGUGGGCGGUCCGAAAGUCUCAGCUGGGGAUGGCAGCGUUGGUACUGGUGUUGUUGGUGUGGAAGUCAAGUUGGGUGGCAAAGGAGGCAAUUUUGGCCUAGGCAACGGAGGAACAUUCUUAGCACUCUGAAGAAGAUGCCGAGUUGCUGAGGCAACUGUAGUGCAUGAAAGUGGAAUCGAUAUGAAGAAAGCUAUGAUCAAUAGGUGAUGAACAGAAGCCAUGACGGAGCAGAGAACUAUUUGAUUUUGACAAUUUGCUUUUGUAUAUAUAGGGGAGGGG